AUGGAAAUCUCCCACAACACCCCUCUUCCUCCUGCUAUAAAAUCCCCUGCCUCCAACCUCACGGCACAGCGGCGCCACUCUCCGUUCUCGGUUCCAUUGGCUCCUCGUCCUCGCCUGAUCGCAAGAAGCAACAUGGUUUCUACCGGCGGCUUCGGCGACAAUGGCGGCUGCGAAGGUCUGGUGGUGGAUUUCAAGGGCAGGCCGGUGGACAAGUCCCGCGUCGGCGGAUGGUUCGGAGCCGGCCUCAUCCUAGUCACGGAGCUAGCGGAGCGGGUGUGCGUGAUGGGCAUCUCGAUGAACCUGGUGACGUACCUCACCGGCGACAUGCACCUCUCCAGCGCCAAGUCGGCCAAUAUCGUCACCAACUUCAUGGGCACGCUCAACCUCCUCGCCCUCCUCGGCGGCUUCGUCGCCGACGCCAAGUUCGGCCGCUACCGCACCAUCGCCGUCUCGGCAACCAUCACCGCCGUCGGCGUGAGCCUGCUGGCGGCAAGCACGGCGGUGCCAGGGAUGCGGCCCCCGCGGUGCGCCGCGGCGGCAGGCUACGAGGCCCGGCGCCGUGCGGCCGGGUGCGUGCCGGCGAGCGGCGGGCAGCUCGGGAUGCUGUACGCGGCGCUGUACACGAUCGCGGCCGGCGCGGGCGGGCUGAAGGCGAACGUGUCCGGGUUCGGGACGGACCAGUUCGACGGGCGCGACCCGCGGGAGGAGCGGGCCAUGCUCUACUUCUUCAACCGCUUCUACUUCUGCAUCAGCCUCGGCUCGCUCUUCGCGGUCACCGUGCUGGUGUACGUGCAGGACAACCUCGGCCGCGCCUGGGGGUACGGCGUGGCGGCCGCCGCGAUGGCCGCUGCGGUGGCGGUGUUUGCCGCCGGCGCGUCGAGGUACCGGUACCGCAGGCCGCAGGGAAGCCCGCUCGCAGUGAUCGGCCGCGUGCUGUGGGGCGCGUGGCGGAACCGGAGGCUGCCGUGCCCGGCUGAUGCUAGCGAGCUCCACGGCUUCCGCGAGGCCAAGGUGUCACACACGGACAGGCUUAGGUGUCUGGACAAAGCGGCCAUCGCGGAGGCCGAUCCGGCGACGGCGGUGACGGUGACGGAGGUGGAGGAGGUGAAGAUGGUGGUGAAGCUUCUCCCCAUGUGGUCCACGUGCAUACUCUUCUGGACCAUCUAUUCCCAGAUGACCACCUUCUCCAUCCAGCAGGCCGAGCAGAUGGACCGCCGGGCCGGCAGCCACUUCGUCGUCCCGGCGGGCUCGCUCUCCGUCUUCCUCUUCCUCUCCGUCCUGCUCUUCACCGCGCUCAACGAGCGCCUCCUGGUCCCUCUGGCGGCCCGGCUCACGCGGCGGCCGCAGGGCCUGACCUCCCUCCAGCGCGUGGCCGCGGGGCUCGUCCUCGCCACGCUCGGCAUGGCCGUCUCCGCACUCGUCGAGAAGAAACGCAGGGACGCCUCCAACGGCAGCGGCGGCGUCGCUGUGAGCGCGCUCUGGCUGGUGCCGCAGUUCUUCCUGGUGGGCGCCGGCGAGGCGUUCGCGUACGUGGGGCAGCUGGAGUUCUUCAUCCGGGAGGCGCCCGAGCGGAUGAAGUCCAUGAGCACGGGCCUGUUCCUGGCGACGCUGGCCAUGGGGUUCUUCCUGAGCAGCCUCCUCGUGCUCGCCGUCGACGCCGUCACGCGGGGCGCGUGGAUACGUGGCCACCUGGACGACGGGAGGCUGGACCUCUUCUACUGGAUGCUGGCGGUGCUCGGGCUGGCCAACUUCGCGGUGUUCUUGGUGUUCGCUAGCCGGCACCAGUACAAACGCACCAGGCCGGACGCGGCGACCGUGGAGGUGCAUUGA